AUGGCUCCCCUCUUCUCCUCCUUAGCAUUCCGCCUUCUUAUCCAGCUGCUCCUACUUGCAGUGCUGCCUAAACCUACCAGCAUCUUCGCUUCCAAACCUCUCGGCUUCUCCAUAGACCUCAUUCAUCGGGACUCAUCACUCUCUCCUCUCUUUGACCCCUCAUUCACUCUAGCUCAACGAGCCGAGCAGGCGGCUCUUCGCUCCAUGUUGCACUCCAGCCGCAUCGCUUCACGGUUUGCCAAUACCACCAGCAUGAUCUCCAGCCCCGUGAUGCCUGGCUCCGGUAUACUUGCCACCGAGACACUCUUGUUUGACAAUGGUGCCAGCACCACCGAACUUCCAGGAAUUGUCUUUGGUUGCGUUCAUAAUGAAGGUGCUCUUAAUCCCGCCUUGCUUGAUGUUCCUUUCCAUGUUGGCCUCAGUGGUGGCCCUCUCCCGCUUGUACCCCAUCCAGCCUGUACUGGGCCAUGGGCCAUUAUAAACACUGGUAGCAACCUCAUAUGGACAACAUGCUGCCUUUGUGACAGCUGCCCCAUCCAAACACCAAUCUUUGAUCCAUUUCAGUCGUCCACCUACAAGAACUGGAGAUGCUCCACCAGAUUUUGCACGGAAUUGCAUGACUAUCAUUGCAUCAGCGACCAACUUUGCUUGUUCAGAUAUUCCUAUGGAGACAAUUCCACCGUAGAAGGGCUCCUAGCCUCUGAGACGCUCUUGUUUGACAAUGGUGCCGACACCAUCAAGCGAGAAGGAAUUGUCUUUGGUUGUGUUCAUAGUGAAGAAAAUCCUGAUUCUGCCUUGUGUAAAGUUUCUGGCCUUGUUGGCCUCGGCCGUGGUCCUCUCUCUCUUGUUAAACAGAUUGGCUCUUCCAUUGAUGAUAAAUUUGCUUACUAUCUUCCUCCAUAUAGAAAUGAAAACAAUUCCAUGGGACAGGUCAAAUUCGGCGAGGACGCAGAGUUUUCAGGCACGGAAAAGUUUCUAGAGACGCCGAUGGCAUCAGAUGGUGGUCAAGAUAAUAAUGGUGAUCCAUAUGAAGGGUUGCUAGAGAUGACCUUUUGUUUUGUCAAUGCAGACUGGAAGCUGCCACCUUCAAAUAUCUUUAUGAUGUUUGAAAGUGGAAUAACCUGCUUAGCCAUAAAAGAUGGACAGAUGCCCAUCUUCGGCAACAUUGCACAUCAGAACAUGCAUGUCAAAUUCAAAGAUUAUUCUAGAGAACUAUUGAAUAAAGCUUCAUUUGUUUCUCUUUCUUAG